CUCCUUUCCGCCUGACGAGGGCGUACGGGAUCUGGUUGAACCGCGAUGAUACCUUGCAUUUGAAGUUCUUGGACAUGCAUCGUCAGUAUGGCGACUUUGUCCGUAUGGGCCCCAAUCAAAUCUCCAUCGUGAAUCUCGACGUUUUCAACAAGAUCCACGGCCCACAGACCAGGUGCUCCAAGAAGCACGCUGGCACGUACGACAUCAAUCGCUUUCGCGGGGAGUACAACCUGGACACCCUCACCGACAACGCCUUGCAUCGAGACCGACGCAAGGUCUGGGACCAAGCCCUGAACACCAAAUCCCUCGAAGGCUACGAAAGCACAACCCGCGCCGUCAUCCACGACUGGCUCGGCCGCCUCGACGAGGUCCAGGGCCUCCCCAUCGACACCUCGCUCUACGCCAAGCUCAUCCCCUUCGACAACAUGGGCCGUGUUGGUUUCUCCACCGACUUCGCCACCGUCAAGGAGGGUCGCGAGGACCGCAUGCUGAGGAUGAUUGAGAUUAGCUUCGACGUCGUGGCCCGGAUGGGCCUGGUGCCCUGGCCUCUCGCCUUCUCGCAGGAUCUGCCCCGUAUGGGUCUGCAGAAGGAGUUUGAGGAGCUUGCUGUACGCAUGACCGAUAUGAGGAUUCAGGCCGACUCGGAAGACAAACAUGACAUUAUGAAGUUCUUCCUCGAAGACUUGCAUUCCGAAAAGCCCAAGACGCUAAAGAACAUCAACGCCGUAUAUGCAGAUGCCGCAGCCGUUCUCAUCGGCGCCACCGACACGAUAGCCUGCGCCCUGGGUUUCCUAUUCUACUACCUCGCCCGCGACGCAGACCUACGACAGCGCCUCUACGACGCCAUCGCGCCGGCCUACGGCAAGAGGACGCCCGGCGAGUUCGCGUGCAUCGACCUGCAAGCCAUCGAGUUCCUCGACGCCGUCAUCAACGAGACGCUGCGCAUGAACACUUCGGUGCCCAUCAACGGGCCCCGCAACACGCCCCCCGAAGGAGUCGAGGUCGACGGGACCUACAUCCCCGGCAAUGUCAGCGUGUAUACUCCGCUGCACCUGUACCAUAGAAGUCCGAAGUAUUUUGUGCAGCCGGACGAGUUCAUCCCGGAAAGAUGGACCACUCGACCGGAGCUCGUCCUCGAAAGGCGGGCUUUCCAGCCUUUUCACUUUGGCCGGUACGACUGCGUGGGCAAGAGACUCGCCCGGAACGUCAUCCGCCUGACCGCGGCCUACACGCUGUGGCAUUACGACUUUGCGUUCGCCCCGGGCGAGGACGGGAAAGACUUUGAGAGCAGGGCCCAGUGGAAGGCCAUCGUGAAACCGGGCAAGCUGGAAUGCGUUUUCAGAAAGCGGGAGAGAUGAGAAUGCGUGUUUAUGUGUUGAUGAACGUGACAGGAAGGAACGUGAGCCCGGAAGUCUCAGAUUGGAGUUUCUGAUACCAGCGUGAAAAUCCAGUUUGUAAGGAUGAGGUCUUUCCUCGCGUUGGCGGGGAUUUUACCAAUCUGUUGGUCGAUGUCGUGAACGUUUGAAGGCGACUUUCUCUGGCCUACACAGUUCGUCCUGCCCCUCCGUUUUCGUCUUCCCGUUUCCGUGCAUGAUACUGGGCCACCCACUGCAGGUCCCUCUCAUGCAAAU